AUGUCGCCGCUGGAUGACGGGCAUGGCCAAGAGCAGCACGGCACAUGGUUCGCUGCUGAGCGCCGCGCCAUGGUUAAGUCCGUUGCCUUCUUAGCCGCCAUUGCCCGUUGGAUUCUUUUCCCCGUCAGCCUCCUGCUCGUACCUUGGAUCAUUCUCAUACUCGGAUUUUGCUCAACAUUCUAUCCCAGGAUCAUAGCGCUCGUCGCUCUUCUCGUGCACGUGUUCAUUCUCUUUGAUCUUUACGAGCACGGCUACCUAGCGCUCGAGCAAGGCAUGGAUGGCGCCGUUCUCGCAUUUACCAUCUUCACUUAUCUUGAAGCGUUCGGCUUCACUUUUGCUUUCAUUUUCUCCCUUCUCCCUCACAAGCCGCGCGCCACCAAAGGCACCGACACUCCAGCAGAACACGCCAAGAAGACCACGUAG